AUGGCUUCCCGUAUGGACUCUCCCCGAAUCAUUGACCGCGUUCCAUCGAGGGUUAUGCACCAACCUCGACCUCACCAACUUGUCGAUCUGGAUCGUAUUUCGUCGGCCUCCAUAGAUUUUCACAACGACCUUCACAGCGCUCCAGCCGUUAUGACGGAAUUCCCUAGAGAUAUGUACGAGAUGCACCACAGUCGACCUAAUACAACUCGACCUGUUCCUCAGUGGUUUCCGGAUUCAAUCCCACAUCCGCCUAUGCAGCCUUAUCCCAUAUAUUACGCCAAUCAACAAUACCCAUUUCCAUAUCCACCACCCCCUCGUUCCGAUACUCCUCGUUUCAAAAUCGAGUAUUCAUCCAUCCACUCGACGUUUCUCGCGACGAUCAAGGAUUCGGAUUCACUUAAGGACCGUAAAUCUUGGGUAAAAUGGAACGAGGGCGUAUGGCAAGCCGUCGCUGAUGGUUUCGUUCUGGGUCACAUAUGCGACGAACCACCUUCGGGAACUCCACGAACGGAAUGGAAUACUCCUUCCCUACGGCCGAUUCUCUCUUCGACUCCCACACGUAAGGAACUCGAGGCGAAGUUGAAAUGGGACAAGGACGACGGAUGGACAUCAUCAAUCCUUACUGCUCGACUGUCUGAUGAAGCUAGGAACCAUUUACCACCUAUGAUUAACGAUCGCGGCGAACGCAGCUUAUCAAGCGGCACCGGAUAG